ACAUCCCCCCCCUCCCCGUUCGCUCGCGCUCAACCUCUCCGCCCAGUCAUUCAUUCAUAUUUGGUCUUCCGGAAGUAUCUCAGGGUCGGGCCAGUCAGUGCCUGCGCGAGCUGACUCGUGGGUGCUGCAUGGCUGACUGUACGGACAAAGGCGUUGGUGUCAAACCCUGAGCCAUGCGCGCUGACAGAUGAACGUACUUAAUUUGUGAUGAAAACCACGGGAAGGAGGACUGGACCUGCUACCAUGACAGCGCGACGUUCAAGCUCAUUGCGUUGCAUUCUUACAAACUGCAUGGCAUUUAAGCACUUUUGCAAAUAUUACACAUAUUGGUAUUGAAUUAUGUUACGAUUAUAUAGGUCAGAACUGUAAAAAUCUUCCUUAGUACUAAGUAGUGUUGGCAUCCUGUCAAAUUGUUCAUUUCCAAAGAAUUUGUCUGUUUUUAGUGUGUUUGUGAUAUUGGUAGCCUAAAGGUGCGAACUUCCUAAGUGUGUAUUUAUGCAACACAAUCUAAAACCUUUAAUAACAAAUUGCAAUCAUAUUGUGUCAUUCAUAUUAAAAAUAAAGUACUGGUGGGUUUCUUGGUUUAAUUAUAUUGUGUCUAAAUAGUAUGCCAUAAUAAAAUAUAAUAAUGCUGUUUAUAAAAAAUUUAUAAAAACAAUAAAAGUGCUUUAUUGUUUUAAUUUACUGUCAGAAGUGUUAUAAUAAAGGCUGUUAGUGUAUUGUUAACAUAUUAGAGGUUGAUACAAAUGAAAACAACUGCUAAAAUAUGAUCCACCAACUGUUUCCUCUGAAAUGCGAUUUAAGCUUUCAAAAUAUAUUAAGGCUGGAUUUGUUGAUCUAUUAGACCAUAAUGACACAACUUGAUAAUGAAAGUAUCUGAAUUAGUAAAUUCAGAAUGAAAUAGUAAUUGUUAAAUUCCAUUAUAAUAGAAAAAGACUUUUAAGCUUAUAAAAUAACAUGUCAAGAAGGUUGUGUUCUUAUUGUUUUUUGUUUUUUUUUCUAUGUAAUGAGUUGCUCAGGGAUGUCAACAUCUGAUCCUACUCAUCCUACUGCUGAAUAUUGAUGCCUUAGAGGAGUAGAAGGUUCUGACUGAUGGCAGUGCCAGUGACAUGGGUGAAAAUCAGCAGUUACGUCAGAUGGGCAAACAAAUGGAAAAGAGGUUGCUAUGCGCAAACAACAAGCACUGGACAGGAUAGGUGAGACCAUUCCACAUAUUAAGUGGAUUGACCUUUCUGCAACCAAAGAUUGCCAAAUGUCUGUGGGUCAAGAGGGCGAGUUAUCAGACGAGGGGCUCUCAUUGAGUGCUGAAUCUAAGAACAAAGAUGCGUUUCUUGUUCCACCACAAGACCAGACAGAAGUUGUAAAGGAUUACAGCAAGCAGAACUCUGUGAGCAGUGAGCAGAACUCACCAAAAUAUGAAUCAAAUUCAAACCAGACGAGUCCUCUUGAAAACCAGACUGUUAAAAAUAAAAUUCUUACUUUUGAUGAGAAUACAAGGAGUCUACCAACAAACAUGCAGCUGAUACCCAAGAUGGAGUCUGAUAAUGCUAGGACCGAAGUUUGCGAAGUACCAACCAAAGCUACAAACAUUGCUAAGAUCUCAACCAAUGAUUUACUAGAGAUUAAGGUUCAACGACAAUCUAUUUUAAAUAAAGGUUUCUAUAAUGAUAAACCACCAUCACCUGCCGGAAACAACCGCAAAAGCAAGGAGUUGUGUACCCAUAAUAAGACACAGGUUGUUGAUGUGGCACAUGCAAGAGAGAGUAAACUUGGGAUGGACAUAAAUGCAAACAAAGAAAGAUUAGAAUAUAGUAAAGACUGCACUGAAGAUUAUAAAACACAAAUUCUAUGUAAUGUAAGAGAGGAGAGACUUGAUUUCAGAAGGACCAUGGCAAUGAGUGCAGGAGAUUUUUUGGGACAAAAUGAAGGGGACGAGGUAUUAGAUUUAAGCCUCCCAAAAAAGAAAGAUCGAAGUAAGGAGAGGCAGAGUGAAUGGGUUGUUGAUCCUGAAUAUGAAGGUUCACUUCAUAUGGAAGUUGAUGAAAUUGAGGAUGAGCCUCAACAUGUAGAAGUGGAGCAGGAGGACGAUAAUGAAAUGUGCUGGAUUCCAUUAGUAAGUGAAGGUAAUACAUAUCUCCCACAGUAUUGGGAUGGACAUUUGUCCUCCCCUUCGAUUGAAGCCAUGCCAAAUCCUUCAUACCCCACCAUCAUAACUCCAGAUCCGAUGGAUACUCUACUAAUAGAUGACCAGGGCAUUCCUUACACACUCACCCCAGAUGGACAGAAAGUCCCACAAAUUGACAAUAUACAACAUGCUGAGGGGCUUUCUGAAGAAACAGCUCUAAGCCCAAGGCAAGUUGAAGAUAAGACCUCUUCCUUUGCUGAUAUACAGGAAAUUGCAGACUCAAGACUGCAGACACAACCCAAUUCACUGUGCACAAAUAUGUGUCUAGGUCAUGUCUCAGUGGAAACCUCACAAGUUGCCCCGAACCUUGAGCCAAAAUCUUCUUACAGUUCCGUAGCUCUUGCUAAAAGCUCCAUCAUGCCUGCUGUGUCUGACUUGGCAUCAGUUCCCAUUCAGAUUGUGGCAAAUACUACAGGGUCAAACACUCCCAUUCUUCUUCUUCCUCCAUCUCAGCUUCAGUCGCUUUCCUCAUCAGCCUCUAAGGCUAACCCAGGGCUAAUUACCCUUUCUUUACCGAUUCCUCUUAGUCAGAACACUCAGUCCUCCCCCAUGUUUUUAGUUUUGUCAUCUCCUCAGGUGUCCUCAACUCAGAGUUCGUCCUCGCCUGGGCAAUUAUCUCAAAUUUCCUCCUCUUCCACUGCUGCACUUCCCUUAGCUACUUGUCCACUUGAUUUGGGAUCUACAUUAAGUUCACGUCCGUCACUUCUCAGCCUCAGCACGGUUUCCUCCGCCACCACUACAGACAUCUCAGGAUUGAAUAACCCCUCUAAUCUUCCUGCUAGCCCUACCUCAUCAACUGCUUCCUCUAGCACUUCCACAGUGACCUCUACAAGUCCAACCAAGCAAUUCAGCACUGAUGCCUUCUCUGACACACCAGUGCCCACUUCCUUUCGGGAGGCUCUUCUCAGAUUGGCUGUGUCUGUGGAGAAGAAACAAGAAAACCAGCCUGAGAUGCAUUCGGUCACUACUCCUUCCUCGGGUUCUGAAGCAACUAAGUCAGAUUCCUCUGCCACAGUACAUGACAGUAAAAACCAUGAGACAGAGGUAAACUGUGACGGUGAGACUGAGUCUACCUCGGUAGACCAAACAGACUCAUUAGAUACCAUCUCUUCCACAUCACCCCUUCGUCCCAUAUCACCUGUAAUUCCCAUCAAUCACCCAAAGAACCAAGACCCGCAAUCAUUAGGCCCACGUCGCAUUCUUUACUGUCAGUACUGUCCGCGGGUCUUCUACUAUCUUUCUGACCUUGAGCGCCAUUCCAUCACACACUCCCAAAGCAAACCCCACGUAUGUCAUCUUUGUGGCAAGGCGUUCAAAAGAUCAAGCCAUCUUGAGCGACACAAACACAUUCAUACAGGUCAAAGAAACUUUGUGUGCCAGCUUUGCCCGAGGCGUUUCCGUGAAUCAGGGGAGCUAUUGAGACAUCAGAGAGUACACACCGGUGAGAAACCUUUUCAGUGCUUAAUAUGCCACAUGCGUUUUGCAGAGCGCAACACACUGCGACGUCACACAAAGCGCAAGCACCAAGGCCAGCAUUUGGAGGCGAUGGACAUGAAGGUCAAGCCAGAAAGUGGAGGGAUUUCCCUCGCUGGUAUACAAGGAGAGUCCGAAGAGAAUGCAGAGUGGUACAGUUCAACAGUUCCUGAAAUGGAGUCCGACAGUGACACAGGGGGAGAAUGAACUUCAUGAGGGCAUGAACAAAUAGAUUUUCUUUCUUCUUUUUUUUUUAAGUUUCAAGAUAAGCUUAGUUGUAAAUACGUUUAUUUAUUCUGUAUUGAUAUAAAAAUUCUUUACUUCUCACUAGUCUCAUAUAAUUGUCUAUAUUUCAUUCCAUUAACUCUUGAGACCUUUACUGGUGAUGACUGAACCCUGCAAUAUUCACUUCAAAUUCAUUCUAAUAAGCUUUAGUUAUUAAGAUAGACCUCUUCAUAAAAAAACAACAACAUUUGUUUUGAUUCUUCAUCUUGAAUAACUUUGAAUUACCAUUUUUUGCUACUUAUUUAUUGUUCUCAUUUCAGUUGUUCACAUGUACAGCUUUCAAGGGUGUGAUGUAGUUAUUGUAAAAGACUAUAGAGACUUAUUAUCAAUAUUUAUAAUUUUAUAUUAUGAUAUAUUGAAGUAAUGAUACAGUGACUAGGAAUUGCCUCAUCAGUGCAUCAGUACAUCUCUAAAUCAUGACGAGGCCCGCAGAUUUUGUGGCCACAAAACUCAGCAGAUUUCCAUAGAAUUGGAACAUACGUCAUUCUCAAAGUUCUAAACAUCUUCCAGUCCUUUCACGUUCAUUUAUUAUGUAUGGCUAAUUUGAUCAUGAUUUGGUGCUUCGUUUUUCUUGUCUUGUCUUUCAAAUAUGUUCAAUACAAGCGCAUUGCGACUGAUUUGUUAUACUCCACCUGACCUGCAGAGGACAGUAUGGUGUUGUGUUUUCGUUAUCCUCUUUCAGACUCGAGUUCUCAUGCUGGGAUCUUCUGACCUGGCUACUGUUGUCACGUACACCUUUGUCUUUUGUUGUUUUUAUUGGCAUUUUCUGUCAUCUACUUUGACUAGUUCUUAAAGCAACAGGUUGGGCUACGAGAGUUGCUACCAAGUAGACUAAUGACUGCAGUCAAUUCCAUGCACAUGGCAGAGGUCGUUCACAGACACGCUCAUGUGUAGGUGGAUAAAAAAUUUGUGCUUCAUGAGUGGACCCCAUUGAUGAAACAGUGUACAAAUUUACUAUGGAAAAGUGCAGCAUGCUCCUGGUAACAGAGUGUAGUACUCCUUUAAAACAUUUGAUCAUGGUUUCUGUAAAAUCCAUUUUAUAUCUACAUCUGUUCUACAGAAUUCUACAAAUUUCCCCCAAAAUGUAAAAAAAAAAAUGCUUCUCAUUACUCAAAUUUUAUAUUUCAUAACAUUUUCAGAUAUUAUGCAUUAUAAAACAUUUUGCUUUGUGUUCAUUUCGGUUUCUCUCGCUUGGCAAUUUUUCCAGAAGGGAGAAUUUAUGGUCAAUUUAUGGUCUUUUCCUUCUUCAGGGGCCUGUUUCAUUUUGUUAGCCUGAAAUUAUGCUUUUCAUCUGGACAAAAUUUUUACUUCCUCUCUUGGUAGGUUGUCAGACAGCUGUUACAAAUUGUUGCAGAAAGUUUUUAUUAGAAGUUCAUAGGACAUAUGUUCUUUCUGAUAUGAUAUAAUUUAAUUUAUUUAAGGGAAGUUUUCAACUUUGAGUUGAAGUUUUCAACUUUGAACUUUGGUCUAACUUAUUAGUUUAAAAAAAAAAAAAAAAAUCAGUUCUCUGUUUGAUAAGUUAUGUAGCUUGAAAAAAGGUUUAACCCCCUCCUGAUUAAUUUAUGUUUACGUAAUUUGCCAUGUAAAUAACCAAGCAUCAUGCACGGACUGGACACCUUGGGCCAAUCUAAAAUUCUGUUGGUUAAAUUUCAGAUUUGAUUAAGAAUCUGAAUAUUUACACACACUAAUUAAAGUGUGUCAAGCCCUUUUCUUUUCCGGUGGUUCCCAUGCUUAAUUAACUUUGCUUUAGGCUCAUGGCAGCACAUAUUCUGCAUGCUGUGGAAACGUCCAGCUGCUGAACAAUAUCACUUAACUUGAUUUGUAGAGUUGUUUACAUAUUACUGUGUUCAUAUAUAUUCAGAUUGGUUUAGUGUUUUUAUUGAGCACAUUUCACAGUAGAUUUACCAUGCAUUUCAUAAAUGUUUAGUUCCUUCUUACAAUUUAAAGAUGAAUGCUCAGUGUGUUUAACUAACUAAGAACAAUCAUGCACCAAUGAGAACUAUUUAUUUAUGGUGAAAAUGUAUAUAUUUAAAAUGGUGUGUUAUGUCACAGAACACUUAUAUAUUUAAUACACGAUUUAAAAAUAAGACUGAUGCAGAUAUUUAAACAGCCUUCUGUAACCUGUCACAGGAUUUUGAAUAAAAUGAAUCAAAUCGAAA